AUGAAUCCACAAGAUAGCGGCUAUUUCAAUCCAAGUCCAGCAACUCAAGAUUUUUGUUCUCAUAAAACUCUUAAAACAUUAACUAAACCUCAAGAAUCUUAUGUAGCUUUAAUUGCUCGUGCUAUAUUAUCUUCACCUAAUUAUCAAAUGUUACUUAUAGAAAUCUAUGAAUGGAUUAUAAAUGAAUAUCCUUAUUUUGGAACAUUACAAAGUAAAGCAUGGAGAAAUUCUAUAAGACAUAAUUUAUCAUUAAAUGAAUGUUUUAUUCGACAACAAAAGUCUGAAAAUGGUCGAGGUUAUUAUUGGGGAAUACAUCCAGCUGCAUUUGAUGCUUUUAUUCAUGGUGAUUUUCGACGACGACAAGCUCGUCUUCGAGCCAAACGUGCAGAUAAUUUAUCUAUUCAAACCAUACCAUGGAUGAUGAACAGGGAUAUCUCAUUGGACUAUUCAAUAAAUCAAACACAAACAUAUAAUUAUUCAUAUUCAUAA